UCUGGAUGAGAAGAACAUCUCAGAUGGUUUAUUAUAUGGCAUUUUAAAGUACUCUAAUUGGAAUUGUAAAAUAGAAGUAAAGGACAAGACAUUAUUUUACAUAAUAUCUUCUUUUUGUUGUUGUUCUUAAAAAUGCAAGAAACUCUUUUUGUAUUUUUGUUAAAACUAUACUACAACUUUCAGAGUUUUCAACACCUGGCCGUCACAGACGCUGUCUGCAUCUUUCUGCCUUUUUCCUUCAUAGGAGCUUUUUUUCUGUGCAUUUAUGAGUACAUUGAGGCUUUAAUAGAUUUCAUUUUUUCAUCUAUGCAAACUGUAUUUUGAAAUAUUUGUGUAUGUAUAUUAGGAAUUGGGUGACUUAAAAUGGCAAAUGAAAAUUACACUGUGAGCAAUAUAGACAGCUUUAUAAUCACUGGAUUUGAUCACCUGCAGAACCAAAAGCUCCUCGGAUUCCUCAUCUUAAUAACCUACAUGCUCAUAUUGCUUGGGAACAGCAUCAAUCUGUGUAUCAUCAUGACUGACAGACAUUUACACAAACCAAUGUACAUAUUAAUCUGUAAUCUAGCUGUUGUUGAUAUAAUGUUCUCCUCUACCUGCAGCACAACUAUGAUCUCAGUGUUGCUGGCUGAGAUUAAAACUGUCUCAUACUACUCUUGUAUCUCAAGGACGUUCUUCUAUCAUCUUGGUGAUUUCACAGAGGUCAUGGCUCUGACUUUAAUGGCCAUAGACCGACUUAUUGCAAUUAAGCUUCCUUUAAGGUAUCACAGCAUUGUAACAAAUUCACGAACAUUUCUGUUUAUUUUUGUGACCUGGAUCGCUGGUUUUGCUGUUUUGGGUUUUGUGAUAUCAGUGGUAGACAGUGUCCCAUAUUGUCAGCCUGUCAUCAGAUAUGUGUUUUGUGACUAUGCUUCCAUGAUCAGAGCUGCUUGUGUCAAUCCUGAGCCCUAUUUUUUCUUACCUGUAAUGUUAAGUCUGUGGCCAAUGUGUGGACAAUUUCCCUUUAUUUUGUGCACUUAUGCUGUUUUGGCAUACAGUGUGAACAAACUCUCUAACUCAAGCAGAAAGCAAAUGAUCAACACCUGUUUGAGUCACCUCAUUGUCCUGCUCAGUUUUUAUGCACCAAAGCUUGUUUCUAGCAUACUAACUCGAAUAGGAGUUGUACUAAAUUUAACAGAGCGAAACGCCAUUGUGAUUGUAGCCUCUCUAGUUCCUCCCUUAAUAAACCCCACUGUUUACUGCACCAGAACUAAAGAGAUCAGGAAACGAUUAGCAGAUAUAUUCUUGCGCAAAAAAAUAGUACCAAAUCAUUUAAAGUCAUUAUCAAUAGCUUUAUCAUCUUAAUUCUGAUUGUGAUGAUGUUGCUGCUGCUUGUUUUGAUCGUGUGUUUUGUGAUGCUGUUGCUCAUGUUAGAUACUAUAAACCAAAGCAUAGACAUGCUGAUAUUAAAUUGUUUGUUUUCAAAUAAAGUAAAAGUAAAAUAGGGAAAAUAUUUGGAGCUCUGUUUAUUUUUAAAAUGACAGUAUUGGCAAAAAAUUUUAAAUGUAAUGUUCAAUAGAAAUCAUUUCUAUGCAAUGACAAAUACCUAUUAAACAAAACUGUUUGUAGAUACAUUGUAUAUCCCAUCUUUGUAUGUGAAGCAUAAACAAUAUCAGUAAUCAUAAUAAUCAAAAAUUAUGCUGUCCCUGAGUCCAAACAAGUUAUUUACUGAUUCUUUUAAAACAUUUGUGCACUGGGAUCUGAACCACUUUUCUGCUCAGCUAAUGGAUGAUUAUGAGGACCCUUGUGUAAGGAAAAAACAUUGCAAAUGUGUCCCAAUAUUGGGCAAGCUAUGCUAACUAACUAAAUGUAGCUAGCUAUAAGACACAAAUUACUCAACAGAACUACUCUACAACCUACAUGGAAAAAGUAGCUUGCUAUUUGGAUACAAUAUAUAGGCCUAUAUAUAUAUACACAUAAUAUAUUACACAGAUCUCCAGAAUACUUUAUUCUGAUUGACACUUCAAAUUCCAAAGAAGUACAGUGGCCAAAAUGCUUCUGUUUUAAAAUGUAUUUUGGUGUACAGCUUGUUAUGUUAAUUGAGCAACAGACAUGAUUGCAAUUUUCACUAGUUUUCAGAUAAUUUUUACUUACAGAUAGGGUAUGGAAUUAGUGCAUUUGGCAUAUUGUCCAGGAAUAAAACUCCAAGCUCAGAAUUCAGCCCAAACCCAGAGUACCACAUCAAGAAUCAGCAUAUAAAUCUCAACAACGGUGACAUGCUUAAUGCUGCAAUGCAUGCUGGGAGUC